CCAAAGCCGUCUAGACGCUUCGACAUGACCGUAUCAACACGUGACAGCUGCCCCCUGCGCGGCAAUUGCUGAGCUUGCAACGACUCUUGCUUCUGCUUCCGGCUUUUCGAUACCAGUUGGGUAUGGCGGGCAGUAUCUUGAUCUCUGCUGUCCUGUACCUGGCAGAAUAAGGGUCUCGUCGUACGAAGAUGACCCGAUGUGAGCGUCGUUGCCAGCUCCUUGUGACUAACUCAGCUGUGUUGAGCCAUGUACUGGCCCAAUGGAGUACCCCGGGUCUAUGCGGUCAAUGGCCCCGGGAUUGUGCCCAGUCCAUCCGGCGAGGACGAAGAGCUUCGGGGCGAUAAUGCGCAAGAGAAUGCAGAUUUGAUAGCCCAGCAUGAGAGGAGACGACCGUCCAAGAUCAAUGCUUCCGCGUGGGCAGACGAACCGAUCGGUGGUCUCUGCGUCUCGCGGAGUGGCCAUCUGUUCGCGACAAUGACUGAGACGUCCAUUGCAGUUUGGCAGACGAGACCGACAGCUGUUGUUGCUGCCGUUGCACGCUCCCCGCUGUCCCUGAAGACAUACGGUCCGAACGUGGCGCUUAUGCUCCAUCCAGACUCGACAAUCCUGGUCGUUCAGACAUUGCUCGGGUAUCUCCUGACAUACACAAUUGCUUCAGACCCCAAUACGGAGGUCUAUCAGCAGCACUUCAAUCACUCCACUCAACCUCGGCGACAGCAGCUGCCCCGUCACUUUGGGCGCGAAGACGCCAACGGCAUCUGCGAUGUUAGUAUCCGUUUUAGAAUGGCUAUAAAGGUUGACGCCGGUAUCUCGAAAGCGUUGGCUCUUGACAAGGAAUUAGUUGUUGCUACUGUUAAACCGGCCGCCAUUCAAUGCAUCCGCUGGACUCCUGAUAGGAGUGGGACUCAGACGACAUCAGAGGUGCUGAGCCGUAUAUUGAAAGUUCCAAAGUCGACUACAAUUAUGGAGAUGAUCUAUGAUCGGGCUAUGAGUCUUCUGCUGUGGGUUACGAGCGACGGGCAGGCUUAUGCGGUGCAACGAGUUACGGAGAGCUCGCAGGACCCAGAAGAACCAAAGAAGAUGUUCAGAGGCCAUUGCUUUCACAAUCCGGAAACGGAGGAUCAGAGGGCGGUCAAGGUUGCAGUAAAUGCGCGGUUUUCUCUACUCGCCGUGAGCUGUGCCAAUGGUGAGAUCUUGGUGUAUACAGCCAAGGAUUACCUAGGAAAUGUUCCUCUUUCCUUCAAACUCCAACUGCCUGCUUCGCCUUCUACGACGGGAGAACUAAUGUUCUUGAGCUACUCGCCUGACGGAUAUUCCCUUUUCGCUGGGUACGAGCACGGAUGGACAAGCUGGAGUGUUUUCGGCAAACCUGGUGGCAAUAGCUUUUCAAUAGAUCGGUCUCUGGCGGCCGCAAACACCGAAGACUGGCUAACUGGGGUCUCUAUGGGUUGCUGGAUUGGUGGAGGCUCUGAUCUGAUUCUUUCGCGGCGGAAUGAUCGUCGCAUCUGGGUCCUUGAAACAGCACGCAGUGCUUUGUCGGGCUGCUUUUCAUCUGCUAAUCUUGCCAGGGCUCUCCUGCAGACUGGAUCAGAGGUCAUUCUCUACCGUGGACAUGACUUGCCCGAUUUGAUGACUAUAUCUGGCAAGGACUCGUUAUGGCAUCAUGCACAGUAUCCGCCGGGAUAUCUACAUUCACAGUGGCCGAUACGGUCCUCUGUUGUCUCCCAGGAUGGAAGAUACAUAGCUAUCGCAGGCAGACGCGGAUUAGCACAUUAUAGUGUCAGCAGUGGACGCUGGAAGACUUUUGAUGAUCCGAAGCAGGAGAACGCUUUUUCUGUACGAGGCGGGAUGUGCUGGUACGGACAUAUUUUGAUCGCCGCUGUCGACAAUGAGGGUUCAUAUGAACUGCGCUUGUACUCACGAGAGCGAACGCUGAAUAAUAACUCGAUCCUUCACAUUGAAUACCUUCCUUCCCCUGCGGUCUUCGUUGGGCCGUCUGGCGAGGAUUCACUUCUUGUUUACACUUACGACAAUAUCUUGUAUCACUAUGUCAUUAGCUCUAUGCAAGGGAGGGUUACGCUCGUUCCUGUGGGUCAGAUCGCUUUCAACGGUAUCGUGCGAGCACCUACUAGAGUCCGAUCGAUCAGCUGGGUUCUGCCAGAGGAUCAACUGCGGAAUGGCGACCCGUCUCAGGAUGUCAAGGUGGCAUCAGUUCUACUGUUGGUAGACGGGAAUCUAGUUUUGCUGCAGCCCUCAGUAUCUGACACUGGUGAAUUGAAAUACGAAAUGCGCAUUAUAGCCCAGGAUGUGGAAUACUAUAUCCUGAUGCGUGACCAGUUGUCCUUCAAUUUCGCCCCGCCAUCAGAUGAAUCUCUUCCACCUAGCCCGUCGGUUGGGGUAGCAUUGGGCGGGUACCACGGCAAUCAAUCGUUAAGAGAUUCGCUGUGGAUGUUCUGUGGAAAGGAUCUCCUCGCAUGGGGUGACGUGCAAGAUGUUCUUCGGGGAGGAGAUAUACCGAAGCCUCUCCCUGUUCCGGUUGACUUCUAUCCGCUUUCGGUCCUUCUUAACAAAGGCAUCGUUCUUGGUGUUGAGCCAGAACUGAUCCAAAGACGCGAUGUGACAUUUACGAUGCUCAAGUUCGCCAUUCGGACACAUCUAUUUCUCCCAUACUUUUUGCAGCAGUAUCUGGCCAGUGGUGAUAUGCCUUCGGCACUCUCACUUUCCUACCAUUUCAAUCAUCUCUCCUAUUUCCCUCACGCCCUUGAAGUCCUUCUCCAUCAUGUCUUGGACGAGGAUGUGGACAAGCAGAGCGGAGAUGCGGCUUUGUCCGACAAAUCUCAGCCACUUCUACCUAUGGUCAUUGGUUUCCUGCAGGCCUCGUUACCAGCGAGGGUCUAUCUUGAUAUUAUUGUCCAGUGCACGCGAAAGACGGAACUGCGAUCGUGGCGCACCUUAUUCGCCCAUCUUCCGCCUCCCAGAGAUCUCUUUGAGCAGGCGCUGAGACUGAACUCCUUGAAGACGGCAGUUGGAUAUCUUUUGGUUCUUCAGGCGUUCGAGGACGAAGAAGAGGGAAGCGAUGGUCGAAUCGAAGACUAUGUUGUCCGCCUGCUCAGCUUAGCUUCUGCAAAGGGCAUAUGGGAUCUCUGUGCAGAACUGGCUAGAUUCCUGAUUGCUCUGGAUGCAUCCGGAGACAUGCUACGGCGCGCGAUUGCCCGCGUGGGCUUUAAAAACGGCGAUACGAAUGGCUUGGGAAACAGCCCGAAGGGGCUAGGUCUUUCUCUGGGAAUCCCACUGUCGGCCACAUCGUCGGUGUCCACGGCAUCGCUAUCCCCAAGCGCGGCAUACGACCGGCGAAGGAGAGGAAGCGACGCUACUAGUGCUGGCACCAUGGCCACACCUUCGCGGGGAAGAAGUGACGAAGAUCUGCGAAGCCAGGGAAGCAGUGCAGUUGAUGACCUAAUUUCAGGUAGCUUCUCGCCUGGCACUUGAUUCGCAUGUUCAGCUGCAGACUGGCAGAAACAAAGGUCCCACAAGGGAUAGUUUACUUGGGAUUUUGAUGUUUCACUUCCUUUUGUCACUGACCCCAAAUAUAUAGAUAUGUUCGUGGCCUGUAUAGGAGGCGUUCCUGACGAUGUUGAGAGUCACUGUUAGAUAAUUCAGUCUGGUAACUAAAGCAAGUUGGCGUUUUUGUAUUUUCAUUUUGGUCUGGCAUAUUUCUCUCUCUCUCUCUCUCUAAAUAUUAACAGAUGCAAAGAACUGCGCUCAUGAAUUCAUCACGUUUCUGAGUAGAUAUCGUCCU